AACAAAGUGAAGAAGCGUAAGUUGGCGGACUCGAUGCCUCUGCAGGCCCUAAUAAAGCGUCACGCUGGUGUCCUGGGUCUCAGUGCUCUAGUGGAAGCCUAUCCUUACAAUGUACCCGAGUUUAUGUCUCAGAUCCUAAUGGACCUUAGUAACCAUGUAAACGACCCUCAACCAAUACAGAUGACUGUGAAGAAAACUCUAUCAAACUUCCGUAGAACACACCACGACAAUUGGCAUGAUCACAAACAAAUGUUUACAGACGAUCAACUGGUCAUAUUAACUGAUAUUCUAGUGCCCCCUACUUACUACGCUUGACGACGGAUCACUCCUAGAAAUAUUACAAACCACGGUGAUAGGACCGAACUAGGAACAGCUCAGUCAUGGUAGAACAGACCACAGUUAUA